GUAAUCUGUCGUGCAGCCGUCUGUAUAGGAGGGCAUGAAAUAUAUUUUAGAAAACUGCAUAAUAUAUGUAAUUUAAUCCUAUAUUUAUUUUUCUAGGCACUUAUUUUCCUGGGGCUCUGCCAUCGCAAGUUUACAUUCAAGGCUGCGUCACACCACCAUGUCGUCUGCCACAAAACCAACAUGCUGUUCUCAAUAUGGUCUUCACAGCUCCUCAUGAUAUAACACAUAUGAACACUCUAGCCACAGCGUUUGUCGGUAUUAUACCAGUACCAGUGCCAUUUCCUAUGGGACACCUAUCAGCAGCAUGCGACCUACUACUGGAUAUUAGUUGUCCUGUGACUAAAGGACAUACUAUAAACUAUGAACUUAAUAUAUUCAUGGAACCAUCUGUCAUGCUAUUGAAUACUAGAGCCAACGUCGAGUUCAGAUUAGUAGACCAAAAUAAUGAAAUAAUUGUAUGCAUCGACGUGCCGUUCAAUAUUGUGCCAGCAAACAGCACAAUAACGCAACUACGCAAUAAUUCAAAAAGCUUUUUUUAUUUAAUACCUAAAAAUGAUUUACAAGUAGGUACUCUCUAAAAAGGUGAUCAAGAGGUAUAAGAAACAAAAAGGAAAAGAC